AUGUUGUGGAAUGACAAGUAUUUACGUACAUUAAAGUCUUAUGUCCGUAAUAAGAGUCGUCCAAAAGGUUCUAUUACAGAGGGGUACAUAGCAGAAGAAUGUACAACCUUUUGUUCAAGAUAUUUGCAUGAUGUUGAAACGAAGCAUGACCGUGAAGAAAGAAAUUAUGUCAUUGAAAAUAACAUAACAAAUGGUGGAGGGUUAACCAUUUUCAAAUGCAUGGGACGUACAAUAGGAAAGUCAACAUCUCGUGUUCUUAGCACAGAAGAAUGGUCCCAAGCACAUUUAUAUGUGUUGACUAAUUGUGAGGAAGUGACGUCAUUUAUUGAAGAGCAUAAGCAAUCUAUAAGGGUUAAGCCUCGUAUUCGUGCACGGGAUGUAGAUUUGUUUCACAGAAGAGAAUUCAUUAGUUGGUUUGAAGAACGUGUAAGUUCAUGCACUACAUAAAUUGUUCUAUUAUCUAAUACACAUGUAUGUAUUAACAUCUUAUAUUUGAAUAUAUAGAUUAUACAAAUGCGACAUGAAGGUCCAAUUUCUGAACACAUACUAUCAUUGUCUCGUGGACCAAGUACAUCAGUUACAUGUUAUAGAGGAUACAUCAUUAAUGGGUUCAGAUUUCACACAAGAGAACGCGAAAAGGGAAAAAAAACUCAAAAUAGUGGAGUUGUUGUGACCGCAGAGGUAUCAAGCUUUGCAAGUGCAAGAGAUAAGAACCCAAUUCCUGGUCAUGUUUCUUACUAUGGUGUGCUAACUGAUGUAAUUGAGUUACAUUACCUUGGUGGAAAUAGAGUUAUUUUAUUCAAGUGUGACUGGUGGGAUGUAAUCAAUAGUGGAAGGGGAAUGAAGAAGGAUGAAUAUGGGUUCACGUGUUUGAAUUUUGAAUGUACCAUAUGCACAGAUGAACCAUUUGUGCUUGCAUCUCAAGCAAAACAAGUCUUCUAUGUUCAAAAUUCAAAUGAGGAAAAUUGGCACACCGUUGUAGAGAUACAAACUCGAGGAGUUUAUGAUAUGAAUCAGAAAGUAUCUACUAAUGAUCCAGAGCCAUAUCAACAGCUUAUAACACUUCAUAGUCAACGUGAUGUGCAUGAGUUGAUCGAGAAUGAUUUAAUCAAUUGGGAUAGAAAUGAUAUUGCAGGAGAAACUAUCCAAACAAAUGUUCUACUAUCACAACAAAAAAACAUUGUUGAAAGAGAUAAUGAAUUCAUUCAUGAUGAUGAUAUAGAUGAUGUGUAGCUAAUAGUAUUGGUAAGUACAUAAAUAUAUACUUACCAGAUAUACAAAUUGUAAUUUAUUUCAA